AUGUCUGAUAAUGCUCCCAUACCCGAUGAGCUACCUGAGCUGAGCGACGAAGACAUCAACCUGCUACACCAAAUCUGCACACUAGCCAACGACAACAAUGCCCCGCCCUUUCGAGCGCUUUUCUCGGCUUAUGACCGCAUCUUCCAGGAACAAGCUAUUGAGGCGGAGCACGAUGGUGUUGUGUUUCGUUACCUACUGCGCGUGGGAGAGGCCGCGCGCGAGGGAGGAAGUCGCGCAGGGGACGGGCGAUUGGAUUUGGUGGGAUGCUUGAAAAGUAUCCUGCAGUCGCAGGGCAUUACCGUCUUGGAGGAGAGUGAUGGUGGGGAUGGUGUCAGUGAGGUCACGAGGGAGCAGGAAGGACGAGAGGGUCAUGCGGGCGAUGCCGUCAACUCUGGUGAGCGGCGAAAGCAGGCCGGGAAGAGGAGAGUCAGCUUCAAUGAUGCGAGGUUGGAUGAGACGUGGUUGAGUGAGCACUCACGUUCUGUGGCAAUCUCGCCAUCGAAGCAGAGACGAGUUAGAUUACUCGCACAACCAGCGCGACGAGCACGAUUACCAGAUGGGACAGAACGACGCGCCAGAUCGAUCAGCUCUCAUCGCGAACCUCGGAACUUUAGCAGUCGGCCAGCACCGAACCAGAGGCCAGUAUCGCCCUCUACCAACUAUACCUCGGAGUACGAUGAUCAUGUUAACCCAACAUUACUGUUUCAACCAUCCCAGACCCAGCUUGAGCAGAACGCUGAAGCCUUCGCGGACACCUCUGCCAUCCGUAUUGCUCGACGAGUACUUCAUAUCUGGCAUGAUCGAACACUUGCACUGUACCAGUCUCAGCAACAGGCAAAUGCGAUUGCCACUGCACACGACCGCCACGUCCUAGCGAAGCAAGCCUUGGACCAAUGGCGGGCUCACUUCACAGUCCGCCAAGAUGCAAAAACUGAAGAUGAGCUCCGCAAACACCAGGACGCAGUCGCAAGCGAACGGUACAUACGUGACCUCAUGCGCCGAAGUAUUUCCCACUGGGACGCCUCCAUUAAAUAUCAACGCGAGCAAGUAGCGGAGGGCCUACGGCAUAUGCUACAGUAUCGAUAUUUUCAUCGCUGGAAGCUAAUUGCUCAGGAGAACAUUGUGAAAGCUCGUAGUAUCUUGAGGAAGAAGUAUCUCCCUGUAUGGAGAGAGAAGCUUGCGCGGAGACAGCUGAAAGAGGAACAAGCUGUGGCCUUUUGCGAAGAACAGCAAGUGCAGAGAUGUUGGAAGUCGUGGUUCUGGCAUUUCUGCUCCAGGAGAGUAGAAGGGUGGCGAGAUGACAACACGAAGAGGCGCUCUUUGACUGCUUGGGAGGGACGUUUAGCUGUUCGGAAAGACCAAGAGGACCUGGCGCGCCAGCACGAUAGGCGGCUUGCCUUGGCUCGUGCCAUGUCUGCUGUGCGAAAUCGAGCUGCCCACCAUCAACAGGCCUCGCACCAGGCACAAGCAUAUUACGUCCGAACCUUUACUUGUCGGAUCUUCAAGACCAUUACGAUCCAAGCACGCCUGGAGCCAUUCGGUCGUGCGUUGACGCUCAAAGUACGACUUGAUCUUCAGCGCAAAGCGUUCCGUAUCUGGCAUCUACACCUCUUGUUGACCCAGCAAGCCGGUGAAGUCGAGCGUAAGCGUGUCUUACAAUCUGCAUGGACCCAAUGGAAUGAUGCUCUACGCUGCCGAGCGCUUGGUCAGAGGAUCGAUGACAGGAUCUUGAUCGAAAGUCUGUACAAAUGGGUGCUUGCCGAACGCAUGCGCCUCUUUAGACGGACGCUCGAAGCGAAGCUGUUGCGGCGGGUGAUGUGUGUCUGGACCGAACGACUCCUCACUCUACAGACGCAGACCCAGGACAUGGAGGUGGCUUUCCGUGAAGCCCAAGAACGCCGUCUUCUAAGCAUUGGAUUGGUCAGACUGAAUCUCGCUCUGCGCAAACGCGAGGACGCAGAGCGAGCCGCCGUUGAGUUUGCUUCCGCCCGCGCUCUGCCCAACGCAAUGUUUGCUCUCACGACGAAGUUUCGCAAAGUCCAGCAGCUGAACAAGUGGGCACAAGACGCCAGAUUUUAUACCCUCUGUACGAGGACGCUGGCUGUAUGGCAUGAGCAGACGACCGAGGAGCAGCAUGCGAGGAGACGGAAUGCUUAUGCUGCUGUGAGGGCGCGGAUCAAGAUCAGAGUUGUCAGUUCCGCUUUGGACCAGUGGCAGAAUAGGACACAAAUUCGCGUCAGCAUGAAUACAGAGGCGGAACAAUUCUCACAGCGGCGUGCGAUGACUACUGGCACCAGAAAUUUUCAAAGAUGGCGUUCAAAGGCUGCACAGGUACAGCAGAUGCGCGAGCACGCUACGGAGCUGGACGAACAACGCCUGCUUUCCUCCGCCUUCUCGGCUCUCGCAAACCGGCACGUCCUUCUGCUCUCUGUCAAGGAGCAAGCCAUUGUCUUCAAGCAAGACGUCGAUCUUGCGCUCUUAGCCUCGGCCUUCAAAAGAAUACAGUGGGCGCACUUUACGGCUACACAACGAGCACAAAGCGCCGAAGCCCUCUGGUUUCGUAAUCGUGACGCACAUGUGAGGAAUAUGCUUCGUACUUGGGCCGUCCAGACCGCGGAACGCAGGGCCAUGCGCUUGGGCGAGCAAGAGGGACAAGGUGGCAGAGAUGAGGAGCCAGAGAGUCCUAGUCUACGCCCUGCGAGCCGCGCUGCUGAGCGAUCUUCCGCUCUUCCGUACAGGGAUUCACAUCUCACCUCGUCGCCUCCACAGGUAACGCCAGCGUAUAUGCGUACACCGUCUCGCUCGCGCAGAGCCGGGAGGUUCAGACCACUGCCCACGCCUGCGGUGGUAACACCUUUUGCUUUCGAACGCAGCUAUCUAGCAACUACGCCUGCCCCACUCGGAACCAGGCAAGCGUCUUUGGCGAUCGAUCACACCACAACGGUCGAUCACAGCGUUGGUGGCUUAGACGCGUUGGCGCCUCAGGUUACGCCUUUUGCUCGAAAGUUGCGAGCUGGUGGCUUCCGUGCGGGUCUAGGGGGAGGAGGCGAGAGUACAACGCCUCUACCGCCUCUGCGGACGAGUAUAUUUGGACGAUCGAUUGGGCAGGCAGGUGCCGGAGGGACGGCAAAGAGUGUACGGUUCGCUGGUUCGAGUCGGUUUGGUGGCGAAGGGCAUUUGAAGAGUAGUUAG